AUGUCGUUUUCUUCGGUUUCUGUGUCGCUCUCCCCCCAGCAGAUGAUCGAGAGUAGGUGUUGUUCUUCUUCUCGGAUGUAUCAAAGUCGCCGUUCUCGUUUGAAGAAGAAUUGGUCUUCUGUCUCUGUUUCUUCUCGCAAAGAUGAUGAUGGGAAUCUGCAGCCGGUUUUGAAACGUCGUGGUGGUGACGCUGGCUUUGCGUCGUCAUGCGUUUUUUGCACGAAGAAGAAGAAGUUAAAGAAGAAGAAGCUGAGUGGGAGAAGAGGUUUUGGUGUUCUCGUGAACGCGGUGAUAUCGUCCUCGGACGUCGUCGCGAGGAGUAGUGGUUCGAGCGAUGAUGAUGAAAAUGUUGAUGUUGAUGCGACUUUGAAUACUACGAAUAAUGCGAAGAUGUUUACGAAGAAAAAGAACUUUAAAGUCGUCAAAGUCAUCUGUUCGGACGUGGACGGAACGUUAGUCACAAACGCGGAUGGUUUUAGUUUGACCGGGACAACGGAAGCGAUGAUUAAAAAAGCGCUUGUGGAGAGGAAAGUGCCGACGAUGAUCGCGACUGGGAAAACUCGAGGGCCGUGGGCGGAGAAAUUGUUCUCGGAGUUGAACCAAGACGAAGGCGUUCCGGGCGUGUUUGUGCAAGGGACAGUCACGUACGAUGGUCUUGGGAACGUGUUGGAGUCGUUGACGAUGCCGGCGAUCGCCGCGGAGGCGAUUUGCGGGUACUGUCGCAUUCGCGGUAUUUCAGUCGUCGCGUUUUGCGAGGAGAAGAUUGUUUGCGAGAAGAGAGACGCGCAGACGGAUUUGGUGAUGAAGUACGGCGAAGCUGAGCCGAUAUCUGUGCCAAAGUUGUCAUUGUACGAAAAGAAACCGAACAAGAUGAUUUUAUUUUGGGACGAAGAGACGAACGGGAGUAAAUAUGAAAACUUUGCGCGGUUUCGCGAGGAAGCGGAAAAAAUGUUGGGAAAUUACGACGUCGAUAUGACCGUGGCUGUUGAUGGUAUGUUAGAGUUUUUGCCGAAGGGCGCUUCGAAAGGCGCCGCGGUGAAGCGCGCGUGCGAGAGGAUUUUGAACGUCGAGAUGGAAAAUGUAUUAGCCAUUGGAGACGCCGAGAAUGAUUUGGAUUUACUGAAAAUGGCGGGAACGAGCGUAGCGGUUGCGAACGCGAAGGAUAGCGUAAAGAAAGUGGCGACGUUUACCACGAACGCGACGAACGAGGAAGGAGCUGUCGGGGAGGCCAUCGAAAAGUUUGUUUUCGCCGCCGCCGACGAGUACGAAGAAAACAAAGAGGAAGAAGGAAAAUAUGUAUCACCACCGCAAAUGGCGAAAACACAAGUAGCAGAAACAGUACCAACAGCAAACGUAGCUAAAAAGAAACCGUCGAUGACAAAGAAAAGCAGCGAAUUCAAAAUCGUCACGAAAGAGGCGACUGAAUUCGCGAGAGCGAACCUUUCGGAAACCAUCUCAAAAGUCAAAGCUGAAAUCGAAAAGUUCGAUAAGAAAGAAUUCGAAGAGAAAAUCAUGAAAACCGUCGUCAAACCCGUCGUGAAAUCUGUGCGUGCCGCGCAAGGAGGAGGAAGCGCGGACCUCGCGCAAAGACGCGCGGAGAUGGAUGCCGAAAACGCCAAGCGCUUGAGCGACGAAAGUAAAAGCGACGAAGCCUCGGCGGCAAAGAAAAAAUUAGCGGCGAAAGCUGCCGUUCGCGCUGCCGAAAGUGCCUCGAAAGCGGCCAUAUUGGAAGCAGAACGUGUUUCAUCGAGUUUGGACGACUGCAAAGGCGAAGAGUGCGAGGCGUUAGAACCAAAAGCGGCGGAAUUAACUGAGCGCCUGGCGCAACUUCAGAGAGGCUUGGAGUUUGAAAAGAGAAAGUUGGCAGAGGCUGAGAGAUUAGCCGCUGCUGCCGCUGCUUCAUCGCCACCGACACCGACACCGAAGGCGACGACAUCAACUGCUGCGCCUUCGUCCGCGUUGAUCGAACCGAUGUUGGAAGAGCCAGAGUUUUCGCUCCCAACCGCAACUCCAAAGAAAUCGCCGCCGGCGACGAAAGGCGUGAAGAGCUAUAAGUCCGCCUCCGCGAGCUUUAAGAAGACGAAGGCAGAGAAGAAAUCGGUCGUGAAAGAAGAAAAGACAGAAUCGGAAGUGAAGGCGGCGUGGAAAGAACCGAUUAAAAGCGAGGAUAACUCCGUCGCGUGGAAGGACGAGAAGCAACUUAAAGAGAAAGAAAAGGAAAAGACUCCCGCGGCGUCGGGCGCUGAAAACAACAACAACUUCCUCGCGGCGUUUGCGGCUUCGGCGUUGAAAACGGUCCAAACGCUCACCUCUCCAGAAGCUAGAAUGAUGCAACGUAACGCCGAAAUCGCCGCGCUCAAAGCAGAAGUCAUCAAGAAAGCGCUUAAUUUAGACUCCGGUCGCAACGGAGACGUCACCGAAGAACAACUCGAAGACUUUAAAGUGACCUUGCGUAAACUCGAAGCCAUGAACAACACGAAAACGCCCACGCGAAGCACUCUUAUCAACGGCCAGUGGUCGCUCGCUUUCACUAACGACACCGACCUUCUCAGAGUUGGAAAAAGACGCGGAAUAUUCGGUACGCGGAACAAACGGAGCGAAGGCACCAUUGAUUUCGCCGUCGACGUGUUUGCCAACGACGACGAUUUAAUCAAAAUCGAGGACGACAAGAAACCGAAAAAUAAGAUGCGCUACGAAAUACUCCGCUCCUGGCCGCAAAGUUCCGAGACCGGAGAGUUGACCGUCUUGAGCACGAACGCGCUCGCCCUCUCGCCGCCGAAAACGAAAUUGUUCGGCUUCAUCCCCAUCGGCGGCGGCGGUAAGAAGAAGAAUAAGACUAAGAUGAAGCGCAACAAAAAAGCCGCCAACGACGCCGACGAAGGAGAAGAAGACGCCGACGAAAACGAACUCUUCGACGAAAACGAACUCGCCACCUACCAAUCUCUCGUCGUCUCCUACCUCGACCUCGAAAUGCUCUCCUUCCGCUCCGGCGUCGACGACUGCGUCUACGUGUUCCUCCAGAAAGACGUCGACUACCGAGUCGGCCGAGGGAAAAAGAAGAUGAAUUCAGUCAAUAAACAGCUCAAAUGA